AUCGUUUUUUUUUGUGUCGGUUGACUUUCACCGGAGAUUCCUAUAGUCCGCCGUCCACAAAUAAUCCUAUGAACUCGAAAGUUCCGGCGAUCUCUGAUUUUCACGGUCAAUUUUGAUGGAAAUUCGAAAUUCAGAAGGAAAGCUGCCGACUUCGCUCAAGAAUCUUGACUUGAAUAAGAGUCAUGAACCAAAGAAUAAGAUUCUUGUUUCGGCUUAUCUAUCUUCCUCACGAAUCUCUGCGUUGAAACCAGGACCUCCAUCUCUUGUCAGCUUGUGUCUUGGGGUUGUCGGGAGGCAUUUAGAAGAAAUCAUUCCUUGUUUAGCUGAUAUCUCCGACAUCUUUCCUGCCGACAUCAAGAUGUCGAUUGCUGCCAUUGCUAAAAGAAGGAAGCUACUGGAUGAUGAUUUGAUUAUCUCUUUGGCUGACACUUCCUGGGAGAUUUUAGACGUUAGCAGUUCAGAUGUCUCGGAUUCUGGCCUAGCUAAAGUCUCGGAGAUGUGCAAAUCUCUCCGAGCUGUGGACAUUAGCCGGUGCAACAAGAUCACAUCCAUGGGAGUCUCAGAGCUUGUACAAAACUGCCGAUCAUUGGAAACUCUAAGAUGCGGAGGAUGCCCAAGCAGCGAGUCCACAGCACGCAGAUCUUUGAGUUUGUUUAAGCCAGACUUGAGUAAUGUCGAAGAAGAAACAUGGGAAGAACUAGACGUUACAGAGAUUGGUCAUGGCGGUCACUCAUUGCGUUGGCUUGUUUGGCCACGAAUUGAUAAGGACUCAUUGGAGAUGCUGUCCAUCGAAUGUCCAAGAAUAGUAGUAAACCCCAAGCCCUCGUUUCUCACUUACACUCUACACGAGGUUCCUCGAGAAGCCUUACCAGAUGUUGCAUUGGACGAGCCCUUUGUGAAAGAUAUUGAUCCCAAGACGUGGGUUGUUAGAGGAGUUGUGAAGAAUCCCACAACCCCCUUAUUAUCAUUGACUUCCUCCGGUGAGCUGUCGAUAGCAGAGAAGUUCAGACUAGCGUUUGCGGAGAGAGAUGCACGGUUAGCCCCUAAGCGAGCUAAGAAUGCAAGGCAACAGCAGCGUCGUGCUGAGAGGGAUUGGAUGAUGUCCAGUGACGAAGCCAAAGCGGUGGCUUUUGCAUCAAAGGCCACCAGGUCUUUGCGCACGAAGUAGUUUGUUUACUUGAUGAAUGAGUGUUGUAUUCUCUGUAUAAAAACAAGCGUCAAAGAAUACACAAGAGGAAGAUCAGUGCAUGCCGCUUCUAUACUUUGUUUAUGUUGUAUCAUUUCAGAGAGGUUUUUUUUUGAAGAUAAAACUCUUGGCUCUGUUACUUUAAUUAUGAAUCUGUUGUUGAUGCUUCAAAUUAAAGUGGUAGAAAACGAAUUACAUGUAAUGAUAUUUGUCACUUUGCA